AUGGGGACGGGGGGACACGAGAAUGGCGCAAGACUCCCUGAUUCUCUGCCAAGCAUCUCCUCUGGACCUUGUCACAGUUGCAAACCGUCUUUACCGAAGAGGGCCGCCCCAUGCAAUUGUCAUCCACAUUUCUCCGGCCAUGGACGAAUUAAUCUGGCCUCCACUCGCGUCUAA